CUUUAAAGUCAAAAGAUGUGAAGUAUUUCUUCAUUUUCAACUAGAACCUAGUUAACUUUUUAUAGGAAAAAACUGCCUGUUAAAUUGAUUUGGACAUAAAGUGACUACCAUGCAAAAUAUCUUGAUUGCUACUUCUAUAACACUGCAAUUAGAAUCACUUGUUUUGCCAAGCAGUAUUUGUCAAAGUUCAUAUUUUAAGCUUAAAGGAUUCAGAGAUGGUUGUAACAACACAGUGCAGUAAUCCCAGAAGCAACUUGAUCACCGGAUACAUUUUCCAGACAUUCUGUCAACAAAUUAGGAUUUUUAACAGCUUUAUUCUUUCAUAAAAGUUAGAUUCAGAUUUGUUUCAAAUAUAGAAGACUAACGAACAAUGAGGUAGUUUACUAGCAAACAUAAAAUGGCAUUCUGCUGGUGUGCAAUAACCUUCACAAAAGCGUAUGCAAAUAUAAAAAUUAUGCGAAAUGGCUUUUAUCAAACAUUCAAGACCAUUAAAAACCAUGCAUGAAAAUUUCAGCGGUGAUUUAACUAAGCUCAAUGAUUAUAUCCUAAACAAUAUUAUUGGUGGAAAAAAAGUUCAUUCUAACAUCAGUGGGCAAAGAGUUCAACAACAACAUUAUUUGCAGUUGGUUAAAAAUAUUUCAAAUAUAUCGAACAAUCAAGCUUUCAUACUGGAUAGUGAUGUUUGUAACAAGUUUAUGCUUUCGAUUUCACCAAAUGACGGCCCUUACUCUGGUGGAUGUUUUCUUUUUUUCUUUAACCUUCCUUUAAAUUAUCCUCAUGCACCUCCUAUAGUACAAUGUCAAGGGCACAUUUAUCAUCCAAACAUUGAUGACGAUGGUGAAGUUUGUAUGAGUAUAUUAGAUGAGUGGCGUAAUGACUCAAAUGAUUUAUUAGACUGCGUUCAGGGUUUAUUAAACUUGUUCCAUCAUCCAAAUUUAGAAGAUCCUUUGAGUCCAUACUUUUCUCCUAAUGAGUUGAAUAAAACUUCAUUUGAAUCAAAUGUGAAGUUGUCAAUGAGUGGCGGUGUAAUUGAUGGCGUUGCAUUUGAUAAUGUUUUACUCUAUAAUGUAUUUUAGCAAUUUAUACAUCUUAUAAAACAA